AUGCUUGGACUUCUUGCUUAUCGCAUGAUGUACGACAAGAUACGCCAUGAAUGGUAUCCUGUCUUUGACAUGAAGAAACAAUACAGAGGUUUAAACUCAGUUGAAGAAUCAUAUGAUGACGACAACUGGAGUAUCGAUUUCGAUUACGAAGGACCAUUCAAGAUCCACAUCCACUAUCACAACGCUGACGAAGAAUCUUACGAUGAUGAUAACUGGGGCUUUGGAAUCACAUACGACUCACCAUGGGGUAAGUUCCGCUUUGGAUAUCGCAGCAACGAAGAAGAAGCUUAUGAUGAUGACAACUGGGGUAUUGAUUUCGACUAUGAUGGCAGAUUUGGACAUUUCCAUAUCCACUAUCACAACGCUGACGAAGAAGAAGCUUAUGAUGAUGACAACUGGGGUAUUGAUUUCGACUAUGAUGGCAGAUUUGGACAUUUCCAUAUCCACUAUCACAACGCUGACGAAGAAGAAGCUUAUGAUGAUGACAACUGGGGUAUUGAUUUCGACUAUGAUGGCAGAUUUGGACAUUUCCAUAUCCACUAUCACAACGCUGACGAAGAAGAGAAUAAUCUCUUCCCCAUUUUCCCACGCAUUACAGAUUUCAGACCAAUUGGAGGCGGUGAAUACUGGAAACGCCAAAGAGAAAUUUUAAGACAACGCAUGGAAGAAAUUGAACGUCAAAAAAAGGCAGCAUCAAAGAAUGGCCUAAACCUCAAGCCUUUCCUUCGCCCAACUAAACGCCCUUUGGUCUUUGGUGGUGGAGAAAACUAUCUUGCUCAAAUGGAAGCAGUAAGACGCCAAAGAAUGGCUCAUUCAAAGAAUGCCAUAUAUCUUCCUAUUUCUGGUCCCAUGAAAUUCUGGACAGAUUAUAAAGGUGGCGACAAACUUAUUUUGCAACCGGAUGGAUCAUGGGUUCCAAAAUAA